CCGCGCGGGAUGAAUGACUGACAACUGUCUAGUGUACGGGAAGCAGCCCGUGGUGAGGAGCAGGUUGACUGGUGCAGCUGCUCCCUUGUGUUUUGUAUGCAGUGAGCGGGGUCGGUCCCUGGAGUACUUAAUGCUGAUUUGAGGCCCUUGAUGGACAUCAUCAGUGUCUUGUUUGGAGGACCCAUGGUCACCAUGAGGAGAACCAGGCUGCGUCUGCUCACAAUGGCUUUGGCCCUGUCCUUGGUCAUAGCCAUCUCUCUCUCUCAGAAGAGAACAGCUAUACGUCUCACAAUGCCAACAACUGCACCAUACCUGUAUACCUUGCCAUAUGGUCACAGGCCAGUUUUUGGGGGUGUCACGUCUAUCCCUGAAACAGGCGUCUACUAUGAAGACGACCACUGUAUCAGAUCUUUCUUCAACAAUGGAAGAUGGCGCUUACAAUUGGAAAGACUUUGCUUCCUCUACUGUGGAAACUGCCUCUGGUUCAGAGGAGCAAACAUCUGCAACAAAGAUGGGCUACACUUGGGAAGAAUGGUCUUCUACCACUGAAGAGAGUACCUCUACCAUGGAGGGGCCAGUCUCCUCAAAAUUUCCCUACCCUUGGGAGGAGUUGGCUUCUACAACUACGGAGACGAGCCAAAUGGCUUCCACGGUCACCGCAGGGGCAUUCGCUAGUGCAUCAUCUACCACCCUAACAGAGGUACCUACAACCAUGAAUGCUUCAACCACCGCUGUGGUGACUGAGGCCCUCCCUACAAAGUCAACUCCCAUGGAGACAACCCCAUCAAAGGUGCUGUCUUCUACAGCAGAGACUGCUUCCACAAUCCUUACAGAAGGUCAUGCUACCACCAUAACUGGGUUUACCACUGGUACACGGGCACCUAGCAUCACAAAGACUGCUUAUUCCACUAUGGCUACCACCACCCCAGCUGCUGGCCCGACACCACCCGAGCUGGUGGUGGGCAACUACACCAUUGAGAGGAAAGGUGGCAUAUUGUGUGUCAAGGCAGAGAUGGCCCUACAAAUAAGGGUGACCUACCGCACCAUUUUCAAGAAUGAGUCUGAGGGAAUCUUCACAAUCCAGCCUUCCCGCACAGUUGCUGUGGGAGGCUGUGGUGAGACCACAGCAACACUCCACCUCAAGUUUGACGAAGGGGUUAUAUUCUUUCGUUUUCAGAAGAACACCACCACCAACACUGUGUAUGUGAGCACUAUUGCCUUUUUUGUGACCUACUCAUUUCCAAAUGCAGACCCUAAAAAGAGAACUUACACAGCCAAGAAUGAAUCUGUACAGCUCUUCAGUGCCCAGCUGUGCCACUCGUAUGCCUGUAACCAGCAGUCCGUCUCAAUGGGCCGGAAACUUUCCCUGGAAGUCUUCCAACAAAGGAUUCAGGCAUUGGACUUCACAGGACCUGCCUUUGGUCCUGCGGACCCCUGUCCUGUGGACCAAGGAAGUAGCAACUUGGCCCUGAUCUUGGGUAUCCUCCUCCUCCUCCUCUUGCUGGUCCUCAUUGUUGCAGUUGCUGUGGCCCUCUACAUCUGGAGGAGGAAGAAGUUGGAGGGUCUGAGCCUCAACCCUGCUGAUACCCUUGCCAUUCUGGAACAUGAGGGUGAGGCCAUUUGACCUCUUUGUGGGGAAUGAGGAGCUGUUGCUGCCUUUCAUAUGCUUGAAGAUGGAAUCAAAGAACCCUCAAACCUAGUGACUCAAUUCAGAAGUUCCUCUGGAACACCUGACUAGCUGCUUCUCCCAUGUAAUGUUAAACUGAAACAGAUAUUUUUUUUAUGUAAAAUGAUUCAUGUUUGUAAUAAAUACAACUUGCCACAUGACUUAAUAUGGCUUUCUUCUUC